UCAAAAAAUAUUAGAGAAGAAAAAACUGCUUGCUUGCUUGCUUGCACGAUCUCUCAAGCCUAAAUACUCUUACACUCACACAGAUUACAUGAAAAUCAAACCCAAUUAACUAUAUUAUUAAUAUAAUUCCAUUCAUUUGUGUUACAUUUUGUUUGUUUUCCUUAGCUUUCUGGUAAAGCACACUUCUUUUUCUUCUUGAGUUUGAUUGGCACAAACUAAGCUAAAGGGUGGUGUAUUAUAUUCUUUGAUUCUGUUCAAUUUGCACCAAUUUAAUGGCUGAGCAGAGCAUCAGUCUUAAAUCAACUGAAUCAGAUGCAGGUAAUUCAAGAAGACAUUCAUUGGGAAAGGCUACUUCUUCGAGGAGUGAUGAAAAAGUUCCUAACUAUCUUCGAGCUUCUACUGGUUCAUGUCAUGAUUUCUGUAAAUUUGGGAGGGAACAUGCGUUUGAAGAGAAGGCAAGGCGUCCAUUUACAAGAAGGAAUGCUAAGAAACUACAUGGUGGACAUUCCUCGGAGCUUCAGCCAGAGAUCAUAAUAAAGACAGCAAAUGUUCCACGCGGAACAAGUUCCACUUCCAAAACCCCACCAGACACUCAUGAGAUCAUAAAGCGGGAAGUGCAUAAAAAACCUCUUGACAGGAAGUCAUCUUCAGUGAAUGUAGUUGUGGAUGAGAAGAAGACACCAUUAAGAGCAUCGUUGACAAAAUCAGUUGACAGGCAAAUUCUCACCAAGAAGAAGACUAUGGUAAAAGACGUGUUAACAAAAUCAGUUGACAGACAAAUUUCAGUGUCAAGUGACAAUUGGGCUGAGAAGAGGAAGAUACCAUUGCGAGAGAGGAACAAGUCAUCAGUUGCCAAUCUCAACACUUCACCUGAUUCAAAAUCUAUAAAAAUCAUAAAACCGGGUGUUCUUUUGUCCUCUGAAAAACUUGAGGUCUCUUUGAAACAAAUUUCAUCAGAAGUGAAAAAAGGGAACAUAUCUGCAAAACAUGCUCACUCUCUGAAGGUAAAAUCUCCCUCUUCUGAUUCAUCAAGAGUAGCAAGUAUCCGAGGAAAUAGUAACAACAAGAUAGCACAAAAGACAUUGACCUCGAGAAUAGCUAUAAAGAGAGUGCAGACAACUCCAAGGGCUGUUCUGUCCCCUAAAACUACUAGCAGUGGUAAUGCAAGAGGAGUAGCGUCCCCAAGAGUCUCCUCGUUCAUCAAGCCCACUGUCAGAGUGUCGAUGCCCCCAAGGGCUUCCUUGUCCUUCAGGCCUUCUCUCAGUAGGGUUGCGAGCCUAAAUGCAAGGAGGCACAGGACCUCAGAAGUAGUAUCUCCGCUGAAGAAGCAGAGCAAAAUUAAUAAGGCCAGCAACAAGCAUCCCAAGAUUAAGAAUGCCGAUCAUGAACAAACUAUCAAGGAACACAACGGACCCGGAAGUGAUGUGGUCCAGGAGAAAACCCUCUACGUCAUCAAAGCGGACAGUAAGAACAAUUAUUUGGUGUCCGAUAGGGAGGAAAACCCUUCUGCUGAAUCAUCUCCACCUCCAUUGUCAUCAGCCAAGUAUCAAUCUCAACCAGAAGUUCCAUUGUCUUAUUCUAACAAUGAAGAAGGUGAAGAGGAGUCUGAUUAUUCAGGAAGUGAGGAUGAAGAUUACUCCCUCUCGGAAUAUGAAGAAACUGAAUAUAUGGAAGAGGCAAACAAUGCAGAAGGGGAGCGCAAAAGAUGGCUUAGGAAGUCUGGGAUGCUGCCUCCUGAGGAUACGAAUGACCAACCUGUGAAAUUACGAUUCAGGAGAGGAAAGGUAAUUGAUGUCAAGACUGAACAUAACAGACCAAUGAGGCUGAAAUUCAGGCAAGGAAGAGUGUUGGGGGAGAAUCAAAAUCUGAAAUCUGAAUCCCGAAGAAGUUUCAAGAGGAGAGGAGCUGAAGAGCUUACAAAAGACAACCCUGAUUCUGAAAAGGUUGUUUUGAGACAUCAAGAUGUGCAUGGUAAGAAAGAUGCUCAGGGUUUGUUUAAUAAUGUCAUUGAAGAAACAGCUAGCAAACUUGCCGAGACCAGGAAAAGUAAGGUUAAGGCCUUGGUUGGUGCUUUUGAAACAGUCAUUUCUCUCCAAGACAGUAAACCACCUGUAAGCUCUGCUUCUUGAGUUGGAAACAUGAAAUAAACAAAAUGUUUGGAAUUAAAAAAAAAUCGAAAAUUAGUUUUUGAAGUGUUGUUUGGUUAACUGUUCAUUUGUUUUUGCAAAGGAACUAUAGGAAAUAAAACUAAGCUUGUAGAAGAGAAGUGCAAAGAUACAAGCCUACAGUGUUGCAAGAGGAUAAAAAUGUUGCUGUUUGACAUUAGAUAGCCUGGAUGUAAAUUUCGGCAGGUUCUUGUUUGUGAUUGUGAGUAUUGAACUCGACAUGUUUCAUGUGCAUUUCCUUUGAGGGUAUAUGCAUUGUCAUCCUUUAUAACUUUUGUACCUAAUUUGAAUUGGUUUAUAUCUUGUUUUUAUGAAUAAACCAUCAUGUAAUUUGAACAAAAAAGAGAAGAAACUUCAUAACCAACCAGUUGUAUCCUUCUGUUGUUUGUGGUGCGUGACGAAUAUUACUAUUUACUUUUUUUCUCUCA